UAGUUCGGCACAACUCCACUCAGCACCUAGUUACUACAUACUUGCGCUGCUUGUGAAAAUCAUCCAUUUGUUAGCUUUCCAUAUAUAUCUGCUUGAAGGAAAGAUGAAGAUGCAGGUCGAAAUAAUUUCCAAAGAGUGCAUCAAACCAUCUUCUCCAACACCCCCCAACCUGAAAACUUACAAGCUCUCCCUCUUGGACCAGGUCCAUUCAUCCAUCUAUAUUCCUGUGAUCCUCUUCUAUCCCAUAAACCAAAGCAUAAGCCAUCAUAUUGUUGACAUUGUCUCUCAAAGAUCACAGCUGCUAAAGCAAUCCCUAUCAGAAACCCUAACUCGUUUUUACCCACUUGCUGGCAAAGUCAAAGAUGAUCUCUCCAUCGAUUGUAAUGACGAGGGGGUUUUAUAUUUAGAAGCUUAUGCAAACUGUCAUCUUCUUGAUUGCCUCAACCAACCUAAUCUCGCAUCAUUGCAACAACUUUUUCCACAACCGAUGACUUUCACAGAUCCAGUUGCGGGAGAUUAUGUAGCUAUGAUAAAAGUGACCAGCUUUGCAUGCGGCGGUAUUGCCAUUGGUGUCUUUGUUUGCCACAUGGUCGCCGAUGGUACUGCCUUCAGUGCAUUUCUCAAUGGUUGGGCAGCCACUGCUCGUAAGGCCACUGAACUUGUAUGUCCUAAUUUUGAUGCCCCAUCAAUUUUCAUACAAAACGAUGCAUUCUCUAAAGAAGCAGCUAUGACGACUUUUUCCAAGGCCUACAAACUAGGCCGGUGUAUUGUAAGGAGAUUUGUGUUUGAUGCCCCAGCCAUUGCAUCACUUAAAGCCAAAGCAACCAGCUCAAGUGUGCAAAACCCAACAAGAGUUGAGGUUGUGUCGGCACUCCUAUGGAAAUGUAUCAUUGCUGCUUCCAAGGCCACUUCUGGUAUUCAAAAGCCAACCUAUAUGACCCAUUCAGUGAAUUUCCGCCGAAGAGCUGAUCCACAAUUCACAGACUCUUCCAUGGGAAAUUUAUUUUGGGGAGCAGGCGCAUUAUGCAUGGCUGAGGAGAUAGAUUUACCUUACAUGGUGAGCAAGCUUAGAGAAGCCAUAAUGAAAAUCGAUGCUGAUUUGGUAAAAAGCCUACAAGGUGAUGGAGGGCUUUCCAGAGUUUGUGAGCUUAUGAAAGCAACGAAUGAAGCGCUCUCAAAAAUAGAAUCUUCUUAUGGAAUGAAUUUCAUUGCGGUAACCAGUUGGGUUAACUUUGGUAUCUAUAACAUUGAUUUCGGGUGGGGAAAACCGAUUUGGGCAAGCGGUGUUGGUUCAAGCGGCGAUUCGGAGACCGUGUUCCCAACAGCAAUAAUUCUAAUGGAUACAAAAUCCGGCGAUGGAGUAGAAGCUUGGGUUGCGUUAGAAAAAGAAGAUAUGACUAUCUUGGCACAAGACAAUGAACUUCUUGCUUUCGCUUCUUUGGAUCCUAGUCCCAUAGAAUAGAAAAUGGUUUUUCUCACCGGUGAAGAUCAUUCUAGCCCUUGUGACGUAGGAAGGAUCAUGGCACUUUUUUUUUUUUUUUUUUUUUUUUUUUUUUUUUUUUAAGUUUGGCUUGAUCAUGGUUACCAACAAAUAAAUGGAAGAUUUUGUUCAAUGGAACAUAUAUAUCAUCCACACCAUUCUCCUUGUUAGAGAUUAAUGGUAGUAAAAAAUAAUUAAUGCACUUCAUGAGUUUCA